GUGCGAGCUAGCCGAUGAGCUUGUAAACAAACGCCUCCCGGUCCAUGCGUGUUUCGUCUGCUGCUUUGGAUAUUCAGACUCAUUACCCCGAUGAUCCUACCCACUAGGUUGUCGCUGUUUGAGACAUCCCUGGGUGGAGGAGGCCUGUGGGACGACCGAGGAAGUUGUGGCUUGGGCAGAUUGAUCAAACCUGUCGUGAAGAGCUAGAGAUGGCUGGGCUCCUGCCUGGCAGCCUGCCAUGAGGGACCCUUACAGCAAAUAUCACAAGCAUGGACUUAUCUGCAGUGAGUGAACAAAUUCAAGCUGAAGUACAAAUCAAGCAGUUCAGAGAUUUUUUGAUCCAGUACAACAAGCUUAGUGAAAGCUGCUUUACAGAUUGUGUAUGGGACUUCACAUCUCGGAAUAUUAGAAACAAUGAGGAUUCUUGUGUUGUAAACUGUGUUGAAAAAUAUACAAAGGUAACACAGCGCAUAUCAGAGCGGUUUCAAGAAAUUCAAAUGCUAAGUAAUGAGAAUGCAGUGGCUGCUGCUCAGAAAUUGGGAAAGAUGCCUGGUGCCUAGCAAGAGUGAGAUGAAGAUAUUUGGUUAGCUUGUAAAGCCAUGAAAUGAAGAGAUAAAUGCAAUUGAUUUUGUUGUUUUGUUAACAUGAAGUAAUGGUUUUAGGUACUGUCAAAGAACAUUUUAUGAAGUCAUGCUCUUACAUCUUAAGGCAUAUUUUAACAGCUUUAAAUGUGACAUACAUUUUAUAACUCAUGUGUACAUUCCUGUGUAACAUAAAUACAUGUAUUAUAUGACUUGUGUAAUGGUUAGGAGGCUAAGUAGAGAAGAUGUAUAGAAUAAUUGUAUAUUGAUACUUAUUAAAAAUGAGUAAGUUUUGAAAAUAAAUUAAAUAAACCAUGACUUAAGUAUA